AUGUCUGAGCCAUUAAAUUCAGGCACUGAUUCACACAGUUACUCUACUCUGAAAGCAUUAAAAGAAAAAAAUCUGGGGGCCAGCGUGAGCACCCUGCAGCGCCUGGUGGAGCAGCUCAAGCUGGAGGCCGGUGUGGAGAGGAUCAAGGUCUCUCAGCCGGCUGCAGAGCUUCAACAGUACUGCAUGCAGAAUGCCUGCAAGGAAGCCCUGCUGGUAGGUGUUCCAGCCAGAAGCAACCCCUUUCGGGAGCCCAGAUCCUGUGCUUUACUCUGAAGACUGUCGGGAAGGAGUCGCUGAGGAAUGCUUUCAAGCACCAAGUGAUGAAUGACUGCCUCCAAAUCUCAAGAACACACUUCUCCAGCCAAAAGACUUUUAGAUAUUUCACAGGACCUUUCCUGUGGCCUGGUCCUUUAGCCAAAACUCUACAGAAAUUUAUGAGUUUCUACUCAAGGAAACUGGGUGAAGGAGUAGAUUUUAAAUAAUAAUGGCCUGGUUCUUUGCUGAAGUGCUUUAUACAUAAACAAAAACCUUACCAUCAAAUAUACCAAAAUACACCUCUUUCAUUAAGUGAAUUACUAGUGUUUCUAUACCUGGAAUGUUACAUAUGCUUUAUUUACUAGAUGUUUACAUUUUGGGAAGGAAAACAGAUUGUUUGUUAAAAA